UCAAUGAAUAAGAAACCCCAAAUGAAUUUGAAUUAUUUUUAAAAGUGCUAAAUAUGGGCUCAUAGGGCUAUAUUGCAACAGAUUUGCUAAAUAAUUCCAUGUGAAAAAUUUUCCUCUGCAUUAAGAUAGUAGUGAAAAAUGACACUCUUGGAAUGGUCAGGCUGCUUUACCUCUUCAGUUCAAGCUUUUAGUUGCGUCUUGUUUACACUGACCGCUGAUUAACCUCUGUUUAUGAUAAACAUAAAAUAUCUGUGGGCGUGGCAGCUACAUCAUUAUUCCUUCAUGGGAAAUGAGAUAGAGAAGACAGUAUAUCAGGAAGGCCCAACAAAAGGAAGAUGAUGAGAUUGAGGAGACCUUUGGUUUCAUAGGUCCGCAAUUACUAAUACAUGCUGCCAGUCAAACAGAAGUUAUUGGAAACGUCACAUUCCACAAGGCCACCCAGUUCCCAGAUGUUGUGUAUGACCCAGAAAACAGAUUACAGAAAUCCAAUUCUCUUCUCAGAACCAAUCCUAAUAAUGACUGCCAGAAAUGCCAAGACAAACCACUUGGGAAGUCUGAGCCAGCUAUACAUAAGGCUACACAAUUUCCAGAGUGUACCUACAGUAGUAUGGAUGACAACUGGGAAAGUUCAAGACCUCCAAGAAGUCAGAGCAACACCAAAAGCAGCAGUCCAGUAAUACAGCACAAUCCAUUACCCUUCAAGUUGAACCCAGCAGGGUAUGCCAUGAAUCCAUAUGCCUCUCACAUGUUUCGAUACCCAGUAAGUGUAGGGAUGACCAGAUAUCCCAGCAGACUGCCCUGUAUGCUGGCCACCACUCCUAGUUCCCAGGGGUAUGCUCCCUACCAGCCACGCCCUAGUCCAGACAUACAGGUUCAACAAAAGGAAAAAGACAUUCAAGUAAUGGGAGCAGGAAAGCCUAAUGUGGUCGAAGCCAGCUGUUAUGCCAGAGAAGUGACCAGCCCAGAAAGCUCUCAGGCUGUCCCUUACCAACAACAGACCUGGUCUGGGAGUGGUCAAGAUGCCCAUCUGCAUUAUCCCUGGCCCCACGGCACCAGCAGUAUCCCCAUCACGCCCAGCACUGUGGGGUUAACAGUACCCUACACUGCCCAGCCAUUGUCUGCAGCUGCUGUGACUGCAGCACCCAGUGAAAACCUCUACCACUUACCAGCAGAUGCUGCCUCAUUCUCUCAAUAUCAGUUAGCUGCACCAAGGUCACAGAAUGUCACCAGUGGGAGUAGACAUUCUAGGCAAAAGUAGAAGCCUUUAUGUUGACAUUCACAUGUUAAGUUCAGUAAUCUGCAAGGAAAUGCAGAUUGCAUUUUAUUUGAACUUUUUUGUGUUUUUUUAUUCCCCUAAGAGCAUAGGGUCUCAUGUUAGUUGUUGAAGGUGAAAUAUUAUUAAGGUUUUGCAAUUGUUUAAAGGGAUGUUGGAAGUGAUGCAUGCCAUUUUUGUCAUUCAAUCUACUUCUAAUUGCAUGACCAAAGUGAUUUUAUUGUUGAUCAAAUGCGUGAUGUUAAUUGCAAGUUUGUUAUCAAAUUUUACUCAUAAGAUGAGUGGAAUAUCAUGACUUGUUUGUUUUCUUGAUGUUUGACUAAUUGAUGUUCAUUCCAGUUAGAUUUAUUGAAGUUCCAUUGUAAUCAAAACCUAAUUAUUUAUUGUUAGUAGCUCAAGGGGCAAACUUUGUUAUGAAUUUUUUAUUUCACAGAAAUGACUCUAAUUCUACCUGUGUUUUGUAAUUAAAAUUGUGAAUUAAUUAUUCAAGUUAUAAUAUUAUGUUUUCAAAAAUUUUAUCUUGUCUUUUGAUUGCGGUCACUGAUAAUAGCAGAAGCACUGAGAAAUAUAUUUUAAAACCAGGAUGGUAAAAUGGGCUCAACUUACUUUAUGUUGGGAAUAACUGCAUCUGGGGAUAAGGUGCCGAGUUCUGAAAAUUAUUAAGUAAAUUGAUUAUUAACUUUCAGCACAGGGUUGUGCUUAAAUUGUAGCAUUCUUUAGUCUGUGAUCAAAUAAAUUGUUCAAAUUUUGUGUUUUGACUCUUGAA